AUGGCUCAGGUAGCUCUAGAUGGUAAAUUGGCUUGUCAAAUCCUUCUGGCAUUCCGAGUCCUUCCUUCUGGCAUUCCGAGUCCUUCCUUCUGGCAUUCCGAGUCCUUCCUUCCGACAGGAAAAGUCCUUCCUUCCGACAGGAAAAGUCCUUCCUUCCGACAGGAAAAGUUUUUCUUUCCGACAGGAAAAGUUUUUCUUUCCGACAGGAAAAGUUUUUCUUUCCAACAGGAAAAGUUUUUCCAGUUGUCCGUCCGUAAACCAUUCAAAUUUUCGAAAAUUGAGAACUUUUUGGUCGAACUUCAGAAAAAGUUUUUCCUUCCGACAGGAAAAGUUUUUCUUUCCGACAGGAAAAGUUUUUCUUUCCGACAGGAAAAGUUUUUCUUUCCGACAGGAAAAGUCCUUCCUUCCGACAGGAAAAGUUUUUCUUUCCGACAGGAAAAGUCCUUCCUUCCAACAGGAAAAGUCCUUCCUUCCGACAGGACACAAACGAAUGUCCGACGUACCACCAACCGAGUCCAUUCCAAAGCCAGAAGAACCGAAAGCUGCAGAACCACAACAGACUAA